AUGGUUGUGAGAUCUCUCGAUAUAAAUAACGAUACAUUCCGACCUCAAGAAAAGGAUGAAGAGAUUCUUGGUGAAGAAACACCAUCUCUUAGUGCUAUUGGGGCACUAAUGUACCUAGCCAACAAUACCCAGUCAGAUAUUUGUUUCGCAAUAAGUUUAUUGGCGAGAUUCAGCUCAUGUCCAACAAGUGUUAAACAUAUAUUCAAAUAUCUUCAAGGAACAAUUGAAAUGGGAUUGUUGUAUUCUAAUGCAUCCAAGUCAGAAUUGAUAGGUUAUGCAGAUGCUGGCUAUUUGUCUGAUCCACAUAAAGCCCGAUCUCAGACAGGCUAUUUAUUAACAUAUGGAGAUACAACUAUAUCAUGGCGUUCGAUGAAGCAAACAAUAGUUGCUACUUCUUCAAAUCAUGCAGAGAUAAUAGCCAUUCAUGAAGCUAGUCGAGAGUGUGUAUGGUUAAGAUCAGUGACUCAACACAUUUUGCAAUUAUGCGAUCUUUCUGUGCAAACAAAGAUUCCAACAAUAUUGUAUGAAGAUAAUGCUGCUUAUUUAUUCACUAAGGCAUUGCCAACAUCAACAUUUGAGAAGUUAAGAUAUAAGAUUGGAAUGCGUCGUCUCCAGGAUAUCAAAUAA